AUGGAGAUUAUCAAGUCAGCCGAAGCCUUUAAGAAAGUUGAGGACGCAUAUAAAUUCAGCUACUUGCAACUUAUUGUACGAAAGAACGGCCGACUAUACUGUGCAAAAAGCCCUCAUCGCAAGCCAAAUCUCUCCGAGAUUUACGAUAUUGAGCUAUUAGAGACGGAGGAUAGAGACCCAAAGGUGAAGCCCACCUGGACGGUGCUAGACUCCCCGCACGAGUACUACAUCAAAACACCAGACCUCUGGGCUUACAGUAGCCCUCAUCUCGAGCAGCAGAUCCUCCGUGAGGUUGAGGCGUGCGAACUCCUAAAACCCCAUCCUCACCCGAACGUUGCCGUUUACUACGGCUGCCGAAGCACUAAUGGACGAGUAUUGGGCAUCUUUAACCCCCGCUAUCUGAGCAAAUCCGACUUCCUCACUAGCCGCUUGUCCGUUGACGAUACCACGAAAGCGUGUCUGGACGGGAUCAUAGCCGGUAUUCGUCACCUUCAUUCGCUCGGCAUCAUUCAUAACGAUAUCACACCCUCUAAUAUCAUGUUCAAGGAGGAUGGUACGCCAGUCCUCAACGAUUUUGGCAGCUGCCGGAUGACCGCGUUAGAGAACAACGACUUCGAUGCUUUUACGGAGUUACAGACCUGGCUGAUUGGGUCAUCGGCUGACAAGUUCCUGUUUAAGAGAGGAUGA